UGACCGCCUAUUUUUGGCAUGCAUCUCUCCCUUCUUUCUCUCUCCUCUCUCUCUCUUUUAUCUCUCUCUCCUCUUUUAUCUCUCUCUUCUUUUUUCGCCUCUCAAUUGCCUGUAAUUACUCAGAACAAAAGACGCCAUUAAAGCUCUUACCAAUAGGCAAAGAGAGAGAAACCUUGAUAUAAAGAUUCUAGAGAGAGAGGGAGAGAGAGACAACUUUGAGAGAGAAUCUAUGGUGAGGGAGGGAGAGAACCUUGAGAGGGAAAAUUAGACCUUGCACCUACCAGCCAUGGAGGUAUGUACGGACGACAGGGCCCAUAACGUUGCUAACCAUUCAAAGGCACUUAUCGCUCCAUUUAUUUUCGAUAAUUUCUAUCUUUCUUCACCGUCCCAAUAUCUCUCUCUCUCUUCUUGAUGUAUCAUUUUUAGCACGCCCAUUGUACGGUCAUGUGUCUCUCACUUUGCCUUUGGUGUUUUCCAAUUCCUUGCAACUUCAUGGCUUCUCUGCAAAUUUCAUGGAAUUGGGUUUCCCAGGCUCGUUUCGUUGAGUAACUUUGAUAAUUACAAAGGAAUAUGCAAUAUAUGAAUGAUCCGAGACAUGGGUUGCUCUUGCAUGAGGAUGUAAAAAAAACAUUUGUGGGUUUCGGACUACAUUUAGAUAAUAUUACAGUGCUUGAAAAUGAAUUCAUAUUGAUGAGUAUUUUAUUUGGUCAUUUGGGUGCCCGAAAGAAUUAAGGGAAUGAUUAUGAGAAACUUGUUUUUUGUUGGUUGGUUUUCUCUGAGAGAUAUUCUUUUAAUUACACAUUUUUUCGUUUUCGAGAUUAUGGUGGGUAUCUCGACUCAUUUGCUGUGAUAGUUUUCUGUAUGUUACAAGAAAGUGCUUUGAAGGAGAAGAGUUUUUUGGGUAUGGAUCUGGGCUUGGAGAAUUUGAGGAAUUGACUUUAUCCAGCGAGUUCCUAUUUGUGAUAUAUCAAAGAUAAGAGAUUGAUUAAGAUUAGCUGGUGAAUUUUUUACUGGUUUUUUGGUUUUCUGGAUGUCGGGUUAUAUGACUUGAUCAUAUGCUUCAGAAGAGUAUCAUUGGGUGAAGCAUUGGGUAGUUCUUGAAGAAGAUUGUUUUCGUGGAUGUCUCCAUUUUUUGCACUGGGGUCUUGAGAGUGUUCCUUUCUGAUGGAUUUUCUAGACUAGCUUUUAAUUCGAGGGGUUUCAUGAGAGUUUAGGGACGCGAUAUAACUGAAAAGUUGGUUGGCUUUGGAUGUUUUUAGUGUUACAUGUGGAGUUCAUUAUGAGCAGGGUUGAUAUGAAUCAGUAGCAUUCUGAAGGUGUGUGUAUCCUUACUCAGAGUUGGUUGAUUUUUAUGAACACUUGGUGUUUCAAUUUUAAAGUUCUCAUGAUCCAUUGGGGAAGGACCAUGGCUUGUUGUUUGACUAGUUGAAGGAUAUAAAAACUCUUGUUUAGUGGGAAUUAAGAGUUAGCAACAAGUUGAAUGAAUGCAUGAGGAUAUAAUGGAAUCUUUAGAGAGAGAAAAUGAUUCUGUUUCCCCAGUUUUACAUCCAACAACAGAAGAGGUUGCUAGGGUGGCUGUUGAAGCUGUACAGAGUGUUCGUCCCAGACCUUCUACUGUGAUUUCGUCCAAGCAAGAGAAUAACAGUUUUCAAAGAUGGAAGCGCCAAAUGCAAAAGGCCUGGAAAUGGGGGCAAAAUCCUAGAGAUCAAGGGGGCAAAUCAUCCUUCAAUCCCGAAAUUUUGGCAAAUCAAAAGCGUCAAUGGUACCAGCUCCACUCACAUGCACUGGAGCGCAAACAAUAUAGUGAACCAACAUCCCUAUUUGAGCACUUUGUCAUUGUGGGCCUUCAUUCAAAUGCCAAUGUUGAGGCCACUGAAGAUGCAUUUGCUAGAAGGAAGACUUGGGAGUCAGAGAUGGCGAAAUCUGAAAUAAUAGAUUUAAGAAACGCAAAGCUUCAAUACCGUGGUCCUCCCCUCCCUGCUUUGGAACCUCAGAUUCUUUUUAAGUAUCCUCCUGGAAAGAGGUUGGCAAUGCGGGCAAAGGAUCUUCCUGCCUUCUGCUUCCCCGGAGGAGUGAAGGCUCGUCUCAUGGAAAGAACACCAUCAAUGAGCGAUCUUAAUGAAGUUGUAUAUGGCCAGGAGCACCUAUCUAGGGAUGAUUUAUCGUUUAUAUUUUCUCUCAAGGUAGCAGAUAAUGCAACAUUAUAUGGUGUAUGCUUACACGUCCAGGAAAUUGUUCAGAGGCCACCAGGUAUACUAGGUUCUGUUUCCCCACAAUUCCAGUCUUCAAGUUCUAGUCGUUUUUUGGUGUCUGCGCCGCGUUGCUACUGCAUACUUACGAGAGUCCCCUUUUUCGAGCUCCAUUAUGAGAUGCUAAACAGUAUAAUUGCUCAAGAGCGCUUGGAUAGAAUAACAGAAUUUGUUAACGAAAUGACUCUCACAGAUUGUGUUCCACCUAUGGUUAAAGUUCGAGAGAGGGGAAACGAGAUCCCCGAAUCCCCAAAUGGAGAAAACCUGAACGAUUGGAUGGCGUUUGCCAUUCCUGUUGAUAGUGUUUUAGGGCUUGCUGCUGCAGCAGCUGGUCUUAUAUCAGAUAAUGAAGUCCAAUCAUUUUCAUUUCGGGCAUCAGAACCUGUGUCACCAGUAAGCAUCCCAGCUAGUGAGGCUUCUGAUUUGAGUCAAUCAAGGGAAAUUGAUAAGGACACCAGGAAAAGCAUGCAAUCUUAUGAUGGGUAUGUAUCUGAGUCUUCAGAUUGCCCCUUUGAUUCUUUUGAAAGGCAGAAUGGUGGUUAUGAGAAUGGUCAGGCUUCACCAGAGGUUGGAACAUUUCACUGCGCUACAGGUCGCACAUUUGAACGUGUUGGAAGUUCAGAAUCUUUAUUUAGGUGUUCCAGUUCAGUGAGAAGCAUUGGCUCAGAAGAUGAUGAUGUCGAUGAAGUUAACUCUGGUGCUGAAAAGAAUAUUAGUGACGAAGAAGUAAUGGACUGGGCUAAGGUGCACAAAAAUGAUCUGCUGCAGAUAGUUUGUGGUUAUCAUCAAUUCCCCAUACCAUCACGGGGAGAAGAAAUAGUUUUCCAGCCAUUGGAGCACCUGCAACCAAUUAGAUAUAGUAGACCCAGUGUUCCAUCCUUGGGUUUAGGUGGCAAGUAUGGUGAUACAGGGUCUCCUCGUUCAUUGUUAGAAAUUGCUGAGGUGAAUGCAAAAUUAGCGGCUGCUGAGGAGGCUUUCGCUCUCUCUGUGUGGACCACUGCAACAGUUUGCCGUGCAUUGUCUCUUGAAAGUGUGCUAGCUUUAUUCACAGGAGCUUUGCUGGAAAAACAAGUGGUUGUCAUAUGCCCCAAUUUGGGUAUCCUUUCAGCCACUGUACUAUCAAUUAUUCCCAUGAUCCGUCCAUUUGAGUGGCAGAGUUUAUUGCUUCCUGUGCUUCCGAGAAAGAUGCAUGAAUUUCUUGAUGCACCUGUUCCAUUCGUUGUUGGCAUCCAACAUAAGCCAGCUGAACUGAAGAUGAAAACUUCCAAUCUCAUUCGAAUUAAUGUGUACAAGAAUCAGGUAAAGACGUGUACACUGCCUUCACUUCCUCGACAGCGGGAGCUUGUGUCAGAAUUGGCACCGAUCCAUGCAAGACUUGCAUGUCAAGACUCUAUUGCUAAAAGGCAUCCAGUGCAUAAAUGCAAUGAAGCGCAGGCUGAAGCUGCUCAGCUCUUUCUGGGUGUCAUGAGGGGGUACCUGGAGUCACUUUGCUCAAAUUUGCGAUCUCAUACAAUUACCAAUGUACAAUCAAACAAUGACAGGGUUUCACUUCUUCUUAAGGACAGUUUUGUCGAUUCCUUCCCUUAUAGGGACCGAGCAUUUGUCAAGCUCUUUGUAGAAACCCAACUUUUCUCGGUUCUAUCAGACUCGCGGUUAUCGAGUUACGAGAGCGAACAGAUUUAAAAGCCCACUUCUCCAAGCUUGUACAUGAUCAGUUUAUCACUCCAAGAUGUACAGAGAUAGUCCCACAUACAACACUGUAAAGCCCAUACAAUCCGAGGGAUGCAGCCAAUAAUGGAGGAGGAAUGAAUAGCCAGAGAGAGAGAGAGAGAGAGAGAGAGAGAGAGAGAGAGA